CCUCAGGUGUUGCCGCUUUCUGGAAGUGAAAGGGUGGAGAACGUAAAGUUUACAUCUGUGUCGGAAAACUGUUCCCGAACUCACAUUCAAACUUACAGUCAUGGCAGAGGCUCACCAAGCAGUAGCGUUUCAGUUCACCAUCUCUCCUGAGGGGAUCAACUUGCAUCUGUCCUACCAAGCCCUCAAUCAAAUCUACCUCGCCGGACUGCGGUCCUGGAAGAAACGCAUCAGCAGGAUUAAUAACAGAAUCAUUAAAGGCGUGUACCCAGCGAGCCCCUCCUCUUGGCUUUUUGUUGCCGUAGCAAUCUUGGCCUCUAUGUACAUGCAGUCUGAUCCAUCUAUGGGCCUCAUUGCUAAGAUUCGGGAGCACCUGCCCCUCAGUCUACCAUUGAGCGCUCAAGGUCAGACGAUGCUGUCGGCGCUGCUGUUUAGUACUCUUUUGUGGUUGUCUCUCAUUCUGGCUCUGAGGUUCUGCCUGAAGUUUCUCCUGUCGUACCACCGAUGGAUGUUCGAGCAACAUGGAUGCAUUUCUACCAAGACCAAAGUCUGGGCGACCCUAGUUAGGUUGCUGUCCGGAAGCAAGCCAUUACUGUACAGUUAUCAGACGUCUUUACCGCACUUGCCUGUACCUCCCAUUAAAGACACUUUGUAAAAAUAUCUUGAGUCAGUGAAGCCACUGCACGAUGCGGCUGGUUUUCAGCGAAUGAAGAGACUGGCUGCUGAAUUCGAGAAAAGUCUGGGUAACCGCCUACAAAGAUAUCUCAAACUCAAAGCGCUGUGGGCCACAAACUAUGUUAGUGACUGGUGGGAAGAGUAUGUUUACCUCCGGAGCCGGAGUCCUAUCAUGGUCAACAGUAACUAUUAUGGCAUGGAUUUCCUGUUCGUGACUCCAACUGCCAGUCAGGCAGCUCGAGCUGGGAAUACUAUCACUGCACUGUUCCUUUAUCGCCGCAAGGUCAAUCGAGAGGAGCUCAAUCCCAGUCGUAUUCCUGGUACGGUCAUACCACUGUGUGCAGCUCAGUGUGAACGUAUGUUCAACACCACACGCACACCUGGAGAGGAGACAGAUGUGCUGCAGCACUGGCAGGACAGCGAGUUUGUCGCCGUGUACCACAGGGGCCGCUUCUUCAGGUUAUGGGUCUACCGAGCAGGACGCCUGCUGUCACCCAGAGAGAUCCAGUAUCAGAUUCAAAGGAUCUUGGAUGACCCUUCACCUCCUUCUCCAGGAGAGGAAAAACUAGGAGCACUGACUGCAGGAAACAGAACGCCAUGGGCUCAGGUGAGGAAGCAGUUCUUCAGCUCUGGAGUUAACAAGCGAUCAUUGGACUGCAUUGAGAAAGCAGCAUUCUUUGUCACACUAGAUGAUCAGGAAGAAGGCAUGAUGGGGGAAGACCCCUCUGUGAACUUGGACCGCUAUGCCAAAUCCCUCCUUCACGGAAAAUGCUACGACAGGUGGUUUGACAAGUCAUUUUCUGUUGUGGUGUAUAAGAAUGGAAAGAAUGGGCUGAACGCAGAACAUUCAUGGGCAGAUGCUCCUAUAGUGUCCCACCUGUGGGAGUUCACGCUGGCCACAGACGCAUUUCAUUUGGGUUACACACCAGAUGGGAAUUGCAAGGGAGAGAUUGAGCGCUCCUUACUGCCUCCUCAACGCUUGAGCUGGGACAUACCAUUGGAGGUUCAGACACAAGUUUCUGAGUCCCUUGCUGUUGCGCAAGCACUGGCUGAUGAUGUGGACUGUCAUGUGUUUCCCUUCAGAGAAUUUGGGAAAGGCCGCAUUAAGAAAAUGAAAAUAAGCCCAGAUUCAUUUGUGCAGCUGGCACUGCAGCUGGCUUACUACAGGGAUAAAGGGACUUUCUGUCUGACAUAUGAAGCCUCAAUGACCCGUCUGUUUCGUGAGGGUCGCACUGAGACUGUACGCUCCUGCUCCAAUGAAAGCUGUGCCUUUGUCCUUGCGCUGGAAGCAGGAGAGGACAGAGAACAUUGCCAGAAGCAGUUCCAAAAGGCUUCCGAGAAGCAUCAGAAUCUCUACCGCUUGGCCAUGACUGGAUCUGGCAUUGAUAGGCAUCUCUUCUGCCUAUAUGUGGUCUCAAAAUACCUGGGAGUAGAGUCUCCUUUCCUCAAAGAGGUUUUGUCAGAGCCUUGGCGCCUCUCCACUUCUCAGACUCCUGUGCAACAGAUGGAGCUGUUUGAUCUGGUCAACCAUCCUGAGUUCAUCUCGCUAGGAGGAGGCUUUGGUCCGGUGGCUGAUGAUGGCUACGGUGUCUCUUAUAUCAUCAUGGGAGAGGAAAUGAUCAACUUCCAUGUGUCCUGCAAGCACUCCUGUACAGAGACUGAUUCUCAUAAAUUUGGCUCUCAAAUCAGUCAAGCCAUGAUGGAUCUUAUGUCUCUGCUGAACCCAGACUUCAAGGAAGCAACAAAAGCCAACCCUGCCAAACAGUCAUAAAAUUCUUACAGGAAGACUGGAUGCACAUUUGUUUGAAGACUUCUAUUUAUGUAAUUUGUGGAUUUUAUAUUUGAUUCUUUGAUGUUUGUAGGUUUGAGGCUGCUAUAUAUUGGAGCUAUCUUAGUGUCAAUACUGAAAAUAACUAGUAGAGUUUCUGGUUUUGCUAAUUGUUGCUAAUUUGCUAUGGCGGUAUUCUGUAUACAAUAUAUCACUAAAAUAGGUGUCCUGAGGAAUUAUGUUUGUCUGUCUGAUUGCCGGCUCUUUUUGUG